CUCUCACAGGAUAAAUGGUAACGCAGUACAAAAAGAUUGACGCUAAAUGGAGAGAACCUGUUCUUCAUGCGCCUCUCCGUCACCCUGAGGAGGCGAGGUGGAGGUACACUACCGCUGUGUUUCUGGACUUUGUCAACGUUUUCUCGCAGAUUUAUGGAACUUUUCUCUGACCGAGCAAAACCGACACGCUGGAGAUCAACAGAUCUGAGAUUUUCCCGGCAAAAGCAAUGCCGCGUCAUGGUGGAGGCGCAACACUCGAGCGCGCUAGUCUUUGCUCUGGCGCUGAUGUGUUUAAUAAUCAUCCUCCUGCUCAGCGUGCUCGCUCUGCCGAUCCCCACGCCGGACACGCCCACUCGGGGAUCCGAAACGAGGAGCGUGAUCGUCCUCAUCUGGUGGCUUCCGUUCGGAAACGGACUUCCUCUUCCCGACUGCGGAACCGACUACGGCGUGCGGGGUUGCACCUUGACGUCGGACAGAGGCGCCUACGCUCACGCCGACGCCGUCAUCAUGCACAACCGUGAGCUGAUGAUGAACUGGGAGGAGCUACCGGAGGAGCCACGCCCCCUGGCGCAGAAAUGGAUCUGGAUGAACUUCGAGUCGCCGUCGCACUCUGGGUUUCUGGAGGAGUUUGACGGGAUGUUCAAUCUCACCAUGUCGUACCGUCUGGGUUCGGAUAUUUUCCUACCCUACGGUUAUCUUCAGCGGCGUGGAUUCCACGGUAAUGGAAAGAUGCAUAUGAGGCGUAAUCGCAGUUUGGUAGCCUGGGUGAUCAGUAACUGGAACGAGGAGCAGGAGAGGGUGCAGUUCUACCACCGAUUGCGGCGUUACCUGCACGUGGACAUUUACGGACGUGAUUUUCUUCCGCUACUCAACGACAGCGUGGUGCAAACGGUCUCGCGUUACAAGUUCUACCUGGCGUUUGAAAACUCGUGCCACACAGACUACAUCACGGAGAAGCUCUGGCGCAACGCUCUCGUCUCCGGCGCCGUUCCGGUUGUGCUCGGGCCGCCGCGAGAGAACUACGAGCGCUUCCUUCCGGCCGACUCCUUUAUCCACGUCGAGGAUUUUAAAGGGCCGCGUGCGCUGGCUGCCUACCUCAAUCACCUGGACCGAAACCCCGCCCUCUAUCUUCGUCACCAGGUGUGGAGGCGGGACUAUGACGUGCAUAUCACCUCGUUCUGGUCGGAGCACUUUUGUAAGGCGUGUCAGGCCGUCCGAGCCAGCCUACAUGUGCACAAGACCAUUAGACAGCUCGCGUUCUGGUUUCAGUCCUGAGGGCGGAGUCUGCGUCCACCACCGAAGUCUUAUCUUAUUUCUCUGAUGUUCGCUUAUUCAGUUCUGUGAUGAAGAACUGAGAUUCUGAGAUCUUCUCAGUGUGACCUGUGCAUGAGGACGACCAGAGAAACCAGCAGUUCCAGUAUAAGUGUAAUAUACAGUACUGCAGGUUACACCCCUGACCCUGAGCUUUUAGCUCAUUUGGUGUCAGCCAUUCCAAACCAUCGCCUCAUGACUCUGGCUGUUUGAAAAAAACAGGUUGUGUCGUGAUGUUUGUGUAUCAGCCUCCGGACUCUCGCCGUUCUUUCGCACAAUUCGCACGCAGAAUAAACCACAUCUCAUUUCCUGGAAGCGCCGAUCCUGCCCAAGCUGUGAUGACGAAUAAUUUUGGAUUAGAUCUCAGAGUUUGAAGCUGCAGUGUGGGAAUGAGAUUGGGACGAAGCCGUGCUGCUUUUCACAAUGCGAUCAUUUGUUAUUUAGAAGCGGCCAGGGAAAGGACUGGCGGGAUAUGAAACUUAUCAGCCUUUUAGUCAAAUUGUGUGUUACUGAGAUAGCACUUCGCUGUGUGUAUGUUUUAUGAGCGUUGAACAUAAUGGGAUUUAUGAUAAUAUACGCCGCACUCUGAUACCGAGCGGCUCUGUGGGAUGUUUACACUCGCGCACAUUAAACACGAGAAAACUUAAAGCUGUACAGUUUGCAAGGAGAAUGU